GGGGUAUGAAACCCAGUAAGACAGGCAGUUGAUCUGAGAGACACAAACCACGAGCCCCAAUAGUUCUCAGUUACAGCAGCCUGCAACUCAACUCGGUGAGCAAAACUCAGCCAGGAUUCAACUGCUGCCAAAGAUCAGGAGUUCUGCAGUAACCUGUAGAAGUGAUCAUGUGGCUUGCUCAAGAACCCUUGAGAUCAAUCAGCAGCCAUUAUCCUUAGCAAUCCUCUCAUUGUUCAGCUAAUCGCAUGCUGACAUCUUAUUAAAGGUGACAGAAACAACAGUACUGCGAGGACGAUGGGUGGGAAGCAAUCUCGCAGUUUCUCCAACAAGGAGCUGAAUGAGGUGAGAGUUAGCCAAAGGAGGACGAGUGCCGGGAGAGACGACCAGCCCAGCCGGUCCUCGGCUGCUGAGAGGAUCCGCAGACACGCGACAGUGCACUUUGGCUACAGCACCCUCAGUCUGGCGCAGCGGGCGCUUGAUGAGACCCCCACUGAGCUGUGGGAGCUCCGAGAACUGCAGAAGCUAAACUUGUCCAUGAAUUCCUUGUGCUCUUUGCCCCCUGCCCUGGGCGCUCUGGACAAUCUGGUGAUCCUCAAUUUGUGGGGGAACAAUCUAUCCAGCCUCCCGCCUGAAAUCAGCCUACUGAAGAAGCUGCGGGUGCUCUUCGCCUGUCGUAAUCGUCUAAGAGAGGUCCCAGAGGAGCUGGGCUCCUGCACGUGCCUAGAGGUACUCAGCCUGGCCAACAACCAGAUCACAGGCCUCCCUGGCAGCUUGGCCACCAUGCAUAAUCUAACUAAACUCAAUCUUAGCCACAACCGCAUUGUUCACAUCCCCACCUGCGUCUACAGCAUGAAGGGCCUGGUCUUCCUCCACCUGGCUUGCAACCGUCUGGAGACCAUCGCGGACCAGAUCCAGGACUUGGUUAACCUGAAGAUCCUUAUUGUGGAGGGAAACAGUAUCCACACACUGCCUAAGACGCUGUGCUUCCUGGAGUCUUUAGAACUCCUCAAUGUUGACUUCAAUGACCUGCAAAGUGUGCCAAUGGAAAUGUACCUACUGAGCAAGCUUGGGAGGUUAGCCUGCCACCCGCUGGAUAAAGGACUUCAUAUUAUCCACAACCCCCUCCUCAAGCCUAUAAAAGAGGUGCUGCAAGGAGGACUCAGUGCCCUCUAUAACUACCUCAAGCCCACGUGAGGGACUACCACUGUAUGUGUGUGUGUGUGUGUGUGUGUGUUUGUGUUUGUCUGAAGGAGUCAUUAUGGGAUGGCACAAAUCUGAACCCUGGCACAGAUCUGAACCCUGGCACAUGAUGGUCAUGCUGUGAGCUGUAGCUGUUGCCACAGACGGCCUGAUUGUAUUGCAAUACCACUCAAGACGUAUUACAUUUUUUAUGUAAUGUAAAAGAUGGGUUAAAAAUAAACCGCAAGUAAGUGCUGUGUCAUGCCUAACAUUUGUUAAUCCACAGCAAAGGGGUCAGGACGAGUCUCUCAGCUCACACAAAAAUUCACAGGUCUACAUUUGGGGGCUGAUUAACUGGCCAGUUGAUCUUGUUUGGCCUGUGGCGGUGAGAGGGGGCACUGGGGGUAAGUUCAGCUACAUAUCACCACCCUCUUUGUUGGAUUCAGGUCAUGGGGAUCAGGUGUGUAAAGUCAGUGGAAAGAACGGUGGAGGGGGGCUUAAGAUCUGCAAAAUAAUAAAACAAAAGCACAACAGGGACUUAAACUCUGAUUAAAUGUUGUUCCACUCCAUCAGAUCAGAUCAGUGCUGCUGGGUGGCAGCUCCACUGGGGUUGUUGCGUGUUGUCACACAAACUAUUUGAAGCAAUGGGGGGAAAAAGAAACUUACAUUGCAUUAUAUGAUUGAAAACUGCUUCUCAAUAGAUGUGGUGACUGUGGAACAAAUUUUUCAAUGUGCAACCUUAGCUGAUGGAAAUAUGUCAUAUAGGGUUACAAAACAUAAAUCUUGGCUGAAAAAACACAUGCCUGUCCAGUAAGGAUGUCUGCAUAAAUAAAAUUAAAGGUAAUAAAAAUGUAAAAAAGAUUUUUCUACAUGUCAA